CCAGGUCUCCUCAGCCCUUGCCUCAGCGUCACUGUAUUUAUUAUCUCCAAAGCACUGAUGUUUCCAGGAAGCUUUGGUAACUGUCACUCCCCCCCACACGCACCAGCUAAGAUCUGUCCCCAGGGAGUUGGGGAGGUGCUGGGUGCCCCCAGGGUACCCACACGUAAUUGCACAGCUGUUCCUGCAGCUGGAAACAGUGGCAUUCCCCUGCAGCCACCUCAUUCCGGACCGGAGCUACAGAGCUGCCCGCAGAGGGGCUGGGGUGGAGUGGGUGCUCGGCUAGGCCUUGAGAUUGCCCUGCAGACACAACAAGGGGUGGGGUCCCCACAGGCACGGGGAGGGGCAAAGUCCUUGAAAAGCUGCCCUCCUCCCCACCGGCUCUGCCCUCCCCCAGUGCUCCUGAGCCGCUGCACCAUGGACCACACAGUGGUGCUCAUUACCGGCUGCUCCUCUGGCAUCGGCCUGCACCUGGCCGUGCGCCUGGCCGCCGACCCAUCCCAGAGAUUCAAAGUGUACGCCACGCUGAGAGAUCUGUCAGCGCAGGGCCCGCUGCUGGAGGCAGCCCAGGCCCGCGGGUGUCCGCCUGGCUCCCUGGAGAUAUUGCAACUGGACGUAAGGGAUUCAGACUCUGUAGCUGCAGCCCGGGCACAUGUGACCGAAGGCCGCGUGGAUGUGUUGGUGUGUAACGCCGGCCGUGGAGUGCUUGGGCCACUGGAGGCGCACUCGGUGGACACCGUGGCCUCCAUACUGGACGUGAACGUGGUGGGGAUGGUGCGGACACUGCAGGCCUUCCUGCCAGACAUGAAGCGGCGAGGCUCAGGGCGUGUGUUGGUGACCGGCAGCAUGGGGGGCUUGAUGGGGCUGCCCUUCAAUGAUGUCUACUGCGCCAGCAAGUUCGCGAUUGAAGGUUUAUGCGAGAGUCUGGCGGUUCUGCUGCCACACUUCGGGGUCCACUUGAGCCUCAUCGAGUGUGGCCCUGUGCACACCGCUUUCCUGGAGAAGCUGGAAGGCGGCCCCGGCGGUUCCCUGGAACGCGCGGACGCCCAGACCCGCCAGCUCUACUCUCUUUAUGAACGCCACAGCCAGGAGGUCUUCCGCGAGAUGGGGCAGGACCCCGAGGAGGUGACGGAGGUCUUCCUCACUGCGCUGAGCGCCCCAGAGCCUGCCCUGCGCUACUUCAGCACCAACCGCUUCCUGCCCCUGACACGGCUGCGUCUGGACGAUCCCAGCGGCGACAACUAUGUCGCCGCAAUGCACCGCGUGGUGUUCGCGGAUCAGUGCGCCUGGUCUAUGGCCCAAGGACCCGGGAGGCAUGAGCCCGGCGCCGCUGCUGCCAUCCCACAAUAA